AUAGGCGAGGAAGAGAGGGAGGGAGGAAGCUGAGAAAGUCGGGGAGGGAGCGAAGGGUUCGAGCAGAUGGGAGGACGGAAGGAAAGGAUCUCUCGGUGGGCUCAAGUGCGCGAUUAAAAGAUCCUGCGCGAAUCAACAAAAGCGGGUCAAAGCCCCCCCGCACCCCACACCCCCUCGCGAGCAACAUUUUGGUCCCGGCGCGCGUGGACGCCGUCGCUCUCGUCAUGUUCGUCCUCCAAAGUCUCUCCGGGUGCCUGUGACUUGUGCUGGGAGACUCGGCGCCGCCACCUCGCCCGGAGCGCUCCCCGGAAGAGAGACGUCGCUUGCAGGAAGCCAAACGUCGAGACCCGCAGCGUCGCUCGCCUCCGCCGGGGUUGAGGCGUCGGCAGCCGGGCAGAGUCCCACGCCAUGGCCGGGGCCAAACCGGGAGUCCACGCGCUGCAGCUCAAACCCGUGUCCGUCCACGAGGCUCUCAAGAAGGGAGGCAAAUUCAUUAAAUGGGACGAGGAGCCGAGCAGCGGUUCCCCCACCUUGGUCACCCUAAAGGUCGACCCCAAUGGUUUCUUCCUCUACUGGACGGGAGGCGCCAACAUGGAGGUGGAGAUUCUGGACAUUAGUACCAUCAGGGACACCAGAACAGGAAAGUACGCCAAACAACCGAAGGACCCCAAGGUCCGGGAUCUGCUCGGCUUCGGGAAAGGCGACAACGUGGAGGGGAAGCUGGUCACCGUCGUCCACGGCAACGACCUGGUCAACAUCUCCUUCCUCAACUUUCAGGCAAUGCAGGAAGACACGGCCAAGGUUUGGACGGACGAGCUGUUCACUUUAGCCACGAACAUACUUUCCGAAAAUGCAUCGCGGAACACGUUCCUCCUCAAAGCGUACACCAAGUUAAAGCUGCAAGUGAAUCAGGAAGGGAAGAUCCCGGUGAAGAACUUUCACAAGAUGUUUUCGGACAAAAGGCGGGUGGAGACGGCUCUGGAGCAGUGCGGCCUCGUCAACAACAAGUCCGACGGAUUAAAGCCAGAUGAAUUCACAUGGGAAGCCUUUCAGAAGUUUCUGAACAGUCUAUGCCUGCGCUCUGAGAUCCAAAGCAUUUUUGUGGAAAGUGGCUCCAAGGGGAAACCUUUCAACUCGCUGGACCAGCUGACGGACUUCAUCAACCGCCGGCAGCGCGACUCCCGCCUGAACGAGGUGCUGUACCCGCCGCUCAAAAGAGAGCAGGUCCGACAGAUCAUGGAGAAAUACGAGACCAACAUCAGCCAGCUGGAGAGGGACCAGAUCAGUUUGCAGGCCUUCACGCGGUAUCUGGGAGGGGAGGAGAACAGCAUCGUCCCUCCGGAGAGGCUGGACAUCAUCGACGAUAUGAAUCAGCCACUGUCGCACUACUUCGUGAACUCCUCCCACAACACGUACCUCACAGUGGGUCAGCUGACCGGUCUGUCCUCGGUGGAGAUGUACAGGCAGGUGCUGCUCACCGGCUGCCGCUGCAUCGAGCUGGACUGCUGGAAGGGUCGACCCCAGGACGAGGAGCCCUACAUCACCCAUGGCUUCACCAUGACCACCGAAAUACCCUUCAAGGAGGUAAUCGAAGCCAUCGCCGAGAGCGCUUUCAAGACUUCGCCCUACCCCGUCAUCCUGUCCUUUGAAAAUCACGUUGAUUCGGCCAAGCAGCAGGCCAAGAUGGCGGAGUAUUGCAGGACCAUAUUUGGAGACGCCUUGCUCAUUGAGCCAUUGGAAAAAUAUCCACUGGUCCCAGGCCAGCCCCUGCCCUCGCCGCAAGAGAUGCUGGGCAAGAUCCUCAUCAAAAACAAGAAGAAGCAUCAGCACUACCGGCCUUCCAGCGGCGGCAGCAUACGACGACGAGAACUGGAGGAGCAGUCGCCGCCCCACUCUGACUGCCCUCUGUUGGAAGGCGAGGGAGGACAGGUCAUGUCCAGUGCGGAGGAGAAACUCGCCGAGAGGAUUGUCAAAGACUCUGACCCGCGCAAGUCCAUCGGAGGCGAGGGAGAGAGCGAGGAGGACGACGAAGACGAACACGCGACCGAGCUGAAAAAGCCAAACCCGGAUGAGGGUACGGCCAGCAGCGAGGUCAACGCCACGGAGGAGAUGUCCACGCUGGUCAACUACAUCGAACCUGUCAAAUUUAAGAGCUUUGAGCAUGCCACCAAGAGGAAGAAGUACUUUGAAAUGUCGUCGUUUGUGGAAACCAAAGGAAUGGACACGCUGAAGAAUUCGCCCAUUGAGUUUGUUGAGUACAACAAGAACCAGCUAAGCCGAAUCUACCCGAAGGGAACCAGGGUGGACAGCUCCAACUACAUCCCGCAGCUCUUCUGGAACGUCGGCUGCCAGAUGGUGGCGCUGAACUUCCAGACCCUCGAUCUGCCCAUGCAGCUCAACAUGGGCGUGUUCGAGUACAACGGCCACAGCGGCUACCUGUUGAAGCCCGAGUUCAUGAGGAGGACGGACAAGCACUUUGACCCGUUCACAGAGAACAUAGUGGACGGAAUCGUUGCCAACACAGUCAAAGUGAAGGUGAUCUCGGGCCAGUUCCUUACCGAUAAGAAGGUUGGCGUCUAUGUGGAAGUGGACAUCUUUGGACUCCCAACAGAUACAAAACGGAAAUACAGGACAAAAACCUCCAACGGGAACUCGUUGGAUCCUGUUUGGGACGAUGACGCUUUUGUCUUUAAUAAGGUGGUCCUCCCCACGCUGGCCUCGCUGAGGAUCGCCGUCUUCGAAGAGAACGGCAAGUUCAUCGGACACCGCAUCCUCCCCGUUUCGGCCAUCAGACCAGGUUACCACUACAUCAACCUCAAGAAUGAGUUGAACCAGCCUCUCCUGCUGCCCUCUCUCUUGGUCUACACCGAGGCUCAGGACUACAUUCCCAACGAACACCAGGAGUACGCCGAGGCCCUGACCAAUCCCAUCAAACACGUCAGCCAGCUGGACAAAAGGGAAACGCAACUUGCUGUGCUCCUCGAGGAGAACUACGAGCAUUUCCCCAACCAGCCUAGAAACGGCGAGGCCAAAAGGGAUCAGGAGGUCACGCCGGGGCGCAUGGUGUCGCCGUUCCCCCCUCCUUGCCGACCGGACGAAUGCCCCGACAUCAUCCAGCCAGCGCAAAGCCAAAAGGAAGACCUCAUCGCCGCCGUCCUGGCAGACGUGCAGGCGCAGUCGAUAGACGAGCUCAAGCAGCACAAAAACUACGUCAAGCUCGUGAAGAGGCACAACAAAGACCUCAAGGAGUUGCGAAAGAAACACCUGAAGAAGGUGUGGAAUCUCAACAAGGAGCAGAAGACUCGGAGUACCCAGCUGGAGUGCGAUUUGCAAAGGAGGCGCAGUCAGAUGGAGAAACACCUCAAACGCAGCGUCAAGAAGAACGAGCCCCAAGAGCCGGUGCGGCGAGAACUGUCGGCCCUGGAUCGGGAGCACGAAACCAAGACGGUCCAGCUCAGGGAAUGGGAGAUGCAGGAACUGCUGAAUCUCCGGCAGCAGCUGCACUCGCUGGAGAGGGACAAGCAGCGAGCGUACCUGCAGGAGUCCUUCCAGAGGUUGAAGGAAACGGCGCACGAAUGCCAAGCGACUCAGCUCAAGAAUCUCAGGGAGAUGUGCGAGAGGGAGAAGAAAGACCUCCAGAAAAUCCUCGACAGGAAGCGACAGAACAGCAUCAGCGAAGCCAAGAGCCGGGACAAAGACAAGGCGGAGAUAGAACUGAACGACAUCAACAGGAAGCACAUUCAAGACUCUGUCAGCCUAAUACGCAGGCUGGAGGAGGCGCAGAGCAUGAGGCUGGACAAGCUGACGAUGAGGCAACGAGAGGUCCUGCAACACAUCGACGACGAGCUGCCGGCGCUUCAGGCUGAGCUGGACACCAAACUGAAGGACGAGUCCCUCCGGCUACCGGAGGAGAUCCGCCAGCACCUGCACCUGGAGCUCCAAAACAAAAGUCUGCACAAUAACGCCCUGUCCUCGCCCACGUCCACCAACGGCAGCCCGGCUUCGGGCUCGCCCUCCAACUGCUCCACGCCCAGCGACCCGUCCACGCCGAACCGCGGCACUUGGAACAGGAACACGGACAGCGUCACGUCCUCUGCGGGCGGCUCUGCGUCUUCGUUGUCGACGUCGGCGCUGUCCGAGGUGGACGUGUCCUUCACUUGAAGUUCUUCUUUGUACAAAUUCAUUUAAAAGGGGGCUGUAAGGAUUCAAAUAUGGGAUUGUAAUGAUUUCAAUUAUGUAGUUUAUUUUUUUUUUAACUUCUGUUUUAGUCAGAUAAGACCAGUCGUUCUUAGCAAAAAAGGUUCUACGGACUUUGCUUGAUUUUUAUGUUAACCGGCGAUCAUGAUUUUCACAUUUCAUAACUCAUGGGACUGUUUUGUGACUUUUUUUUUUUUUUUUUUACUUUUUUAAAAUUUUAUUUUAACCUGUAACGGCAGUAGUUAACCAGCAUGUGGCGCUACGGCCUUGACGUUUUUUUUUCGUUUUUUUUUUUUUUAAACCCCCACUUUGCACUGUGCAGGCGUCUCCUCUGAAGCCCCCUUUUUAGCAGACACACUACCAUUGUCACUUGAUUGUUGCACAAAUACAACGGUACUUUUAAUUUAUCGGACGUUUUUAUCUGUAAAUUCCCGUCCUCCCCCACCCUAUGCGAUGUUUUAAAAUUUUCUGCCAAAAAAAAAAAAAAAAAAUGUUUCCCUGUGGAAUUGUGGGGGUUAAGCAACGGCACUCGCCUUGAAUGUUUGUUUCCUGUGUGUAUGUUUUAGUUGUAAGUGAACUUUACUACUGACUACAGAUGCCGUAGUGACAGAUCAGGAAAGUCAGCGUCUUUUUUUUUUUUUUUAAAUGUCUGAUCUUUCCUGACCUUCCUCACUCUUUGAGCACUGGCUGCCUGUCUGUCUGAAUGCCCCCCCCCCCCCCCC